AUGAAUUUAUAUCAAACAGCUGGCGUAAAUGUACAUUUAUGAACAAAAAGGAAUAAAGUUGGAGCAGCUGGGGAGAAGAGUACACCGAAAGGAGCUCUACAACUGGAACAUGAUUUGGCGGAACUAGAGAGCCGGAUCACCAAUGAAGUCAUGAAAUCAAUGGAACAUGGGUCUCCCCGCCGAUCAUCUCGUUCUCGUAAUCGCGAUCCAACACGCGCAUCUCCUGCCCGAUUAUCGCCUAUUGAGGUGAAAGUGGAGGAAUCACAAGCGCCAGCAGUUCCUGCCGGCACGUCACAGUCCCUUUUAUCGGUGAAUACAACUGAAUCAAAUGUUGAGAAAGCGGCGAAACAGGAAGCACAGGUCAUGAUGAGGAUAGCGGAGCUGCGACGAGCAGGGUUAUGGACAGCUAGUCGGCUGCCGUUAUGUGUUGAGCCACCUAGAAACAAAACACAUUGGGAUUACGUUUUAGAGGAGGUGAAAUGGAUGGCCACAGAUUUUCGGAUGGAGCGACAUUUCAAGAGGAAUAUUGCGAGAAAAAUUGCGGCUGCUAUUCAAAAACAACGGAGAGAUGAUGAAACUGACCAAGAAAAGGCACAUGCGCGCCUGAUUAGGGAUGGAAAAAGAAUUUGUGCCUCGAUAGCAAAAAUGGUUCGUGAUUUCUGGCAAAAUGUGGAUAAAGUCGUGGAACACCGAGCCCAGGAAAUCCUGGAAUCAAAGAAACGGAAAGCAUUGGAUGCUCACAUGGCUUUCAUUGUCGGAGAAGCGGAUAAGCUUAGUUCUAUGGUGCAGGAGGGCCUCACGCAAGAUCGAGGCUCAAAAACACCGUCAAUGGCCUCGCGUGACGACCGGAAUGACGAUGAUGCUGAUUUUUGUGCAAGCGAAUCAGAAUCGGAUGAUGAGGUUACUAUAGAACGCGAAGAGGCU